GGGGCUUUGUCCCGGGGUGAAGAGCACUUGACGGGCAGCGUGUCUUGUGUCGCCGCAGAGUUUGCUGUGGUGGUGGAAGUGCACACGGCCGCUCGCUCCGGCCUGCGCCCGGCCGGCUGUGAGGACGAGCAGUCCCUCAGCAAGCACGAGUUCGUGGUGACCAGUGGGAGUGCUGCAGCCGCAGACCGAGCCGGCCCCACCAUCCUGAGUAAAGUGGAAGCGGCUUUGACCAACCAGAAUCUGUCGGUGGACGUGGUCGACCAGUGCCUCGUCUGCCUCAAGGAGGAGUGGAUGAACAAAGUGAAGGUCCUCUUUAAAUUCACCAAGGUGGAUAGUCGGCCCAAAGAGGACACACAGAAGCUCCUGAGUAUCCUCGGAGCGUCUGAGGAGGACAAUGUCAAGCUGCUCAAGUUUUGGAUGACAGGCCUGAGCAAGACCUACAAGUCACACCUCAUGUCCACGGUCCGCAGCCCCAUGGCCUCAGAACCUCGCAGUUGACCCCAUCCUGGGGCUCUGUGUCUGGGUAGGCCUCCUGGGAUGUGGUGACGUCCAUCCUUGCCGCGGAGCUCGGACACAGGUCUGUGAUGGCAUUCUCAGGCUGUCCUCCCGUUUCCAGACUGCUGGCAUGAAGCUGUUUCCUAGUAAGGAAUGGAAAGUGUUGGGGCUGAACUUUGCCCUCUGUGUGGAAUGCGGGCCUGGUGUAGAUCUUGGCGCCGUCCCACAAGCUACGUGACCUGCUCCAGCCCUGAAGAGGGCAGUGGGAGACUUGUGACAGUUAGUCCCCUGCAUUCGCGCCCCCUGGGAGAGGAGAACGUGAGGAAGGUGUGCGUCUGAUGCCUCUCACGGCUGCUGCUCUCAACAUUUACAGGGCAACAGGUCAGGCCAGCUCCGCCUGGGGUGUCUUAGCCGCUGUGUCAUACCCUCUCUUGAGGUUGAACCUUUCUCUUCUGAAGUUGAGCAAGGGUUUCCCAGGUAGUGCAUGCAUAUGUGAGUUUUGUGAAUUUUCAGGUUAUGUUCUGAUCCGUAGUCAUUGUUAGUAAUCUGGUUUUAAGUUAGGGCUCUGGGAAUGCCUUUUGGGGUGGAGUGGAUGUUUUCCUCAUCUUUGGAUCAUCUGGAAUUCGUGUUCUGAAGUUAUCUGACAACCAAGUCUUCUGGCCAUGCUCUUCUGUGGUUGCUUUGAAAUUACCCUGUAGCUUGAGGACAAACCCUGAUUUUUUUUUACACAAAGAGGAUACUUUGCUGAAAUGUCAGAUGGAGUCGUUUGACUGGCCUGGCUCACUGUAUGUGGAGUUGAGAAACCCAUCAUAGUUUUAUUCCAUAUCACUUUGCCUUCUAUUGCUUCUUUAUACGUUUACAUUUGGCUGCAGUUAAGUUUCAGAGUAUGGUAGUUUAAGACCGGCUCAUCGUCCCUGUGUACAUUUUUAAUAAGGAUUCAUGGUUUGGAAGGAUUUUCCGGUAAUUUUGCUGAUUUGGUUAUAGUUUUUUGUGUUUAAUUUAUAUUUAACAGGAAGACCAUGUUUAUACGACUAGGUAUCUGUAUCAUGCAAGAACAUUGAAAUAAUAAAGAUAUUUUUUUAUAAACUGUUGACUACAUGGUUUUAUUGGUUUGAUACCUCAGAUUUUCUUGGGAUCAGUCAUAGAAAAUAAUAUGGUUAAAGUAACACCAGUGAUAUAACUGUUUUGGAACCCUGUACUCUACUGAAGGCUUACAGUUUCCAGGGGAAGACUUGGUAAACUGUGCUUAAUUUUCAGUCAGUUUUAGCUCGUAGUACAGUUGCAGGUUCCUAUCUCCCACCCCCAGCCACAUGGCAGGGCCGCACACGUGUUCUUGGAGCAGCUUGCAGGAACGAGGGUGGGUAAAAAGGAUCCUGUCCUCUGAAUAUCAGGGCUCUGUGCCUGAUUGCUGAUUGCUGCUUCUGAUCAGAGUGCAGACGAAGAAGGAGCAGCCACUGUCACUGCGCCUCCCCCUCUGGAUGGCAGCCUCUCCCUGCUUCAUUUUUGCCUUCCACCUCUCAGGCGCCAGACAUUAAAGAGUAGGAUAGGGCUUCCCUGCGGGCGCAGUGGUUGGGAGUCCGCCUGCCGAUGCAGGGGACACGGGUUCGUGUCCCGGGUCGGGAAGAUCCCACGUGCCGCGGAGCGGCUGGGCCCGUGAGCCAGGCCGCUGAGCCUGCGCGUCCGGAGCCUGUGCUCUGCAACGGGAGAGGCCACAAAAGUGAGAGGCCCGCGUACCGCAACAAAAAAAAAAAAAAAGGAGGACGCUCAAAAACAAUUGCAUGUAUGAGAAAAUUUAAAAGUGACUGUGCACAUCCAGGGAAGGGCUCAGAAAAGACCUGAGAAGAACUGAAGUUUACACCUCCAGCUGGUCCCUGGCAAAGAGCCUACAACAGUAAAAAUAACAAACCAGUAAACGCUGGGGAAGGGGGAGAAUCUGAUUUUCAGAGUUAAGCUAUUAUUAGAUUUAAAUGUCCAGUGUUCAGCAAAAACAACAACAACAACAAAAUCACAAGGCAUACGAAGAAACGGGAAGGUCUAUUGAAAGGAAAAAAAGAAGUCAGCAGAAUCUGUCCAUGAAAAAGACCUAAUGGCAGACAUAUUAGCCAAAGACUUUAAAACAACUGUUAAAGAUGCUCAAAGAACUAAACAUGUGGAGACAGUCAAGAAAAUGAUGUGUGAACAAAACAGAAAUAUCAAAGACAGAAAACCAACAAAAGAAACCAAAAAUAUUCUGGAGCUGAAAACAGCAGUAACUGAAGUGAAAAAUUGACUAGAAGGCUUUAAAGACAAUUUGAGCAGGCAGAAGAAAGAAUCAGUGCCCUUAAAGAUAGGACAGUGGAAAUUAUU